AUGGGUUGUGUACUGUCUAAAUCUAGCACUCAUGAAUGGGAACCUAAUGAAGGUAAUUUGAACCAAAAAUCGUCAUGCGGUCUCACCAGUUAUUGGAAUUUGCUUAAAAGUGAUUUUGAAAAUAAGUACUUUAACGAAAAUAAAGCAUCAAUCGCAAAUCAUACAGAUUUUCGUAUGUAUCAAUUGCUAGGUGAAGGUGCUUACGGACUUGUGGCUUUAACUACUCAUACAAGAACUGGUGAGGUUUAUGCCACUAAAAUAAUGGCAAAAAAGAAAAUUAUUAAAAAAGAAUUGGUUCAACGCACAUUCAACGAAAAACGUAUUUUAGAAUCAAUAGAUUUUGCAUUUGUCGUCCGACUAACGUACUUUUAUCAAGACAAUACUUAUCUCUAUUUUGUUAUGCCAUUUGUGUGUGGUGGUGAUCUUUUUACUUAUAUACAACGUAAAGGUCGAUUGGAUGAGGAUAAAGCACGAUUUUAUGGUUCAGAAGUUCUUCUGGCUAUUGAAUAUUUACACAGACUUAACUUAGUUCAUCGAGACGUCAAGCCAGAAAAUAUAUUAAUAGACUCAUAUGGCCACGCUCAACUGGCGGAUUUUGGAUUCUGCAAGUAUGUUCAAGGUCGUACAUAUACUUUGUGCGGAACGCCAGAGUACAUUGCGCCCGAGAUGCUAGUCCGCAAAGGUUACGGUAGAACCGUAGAUUAUUGGGCUUUUGGUGUGCUUAUUUAUGAAAUGGUAGCUGGUUAUUCGCCGUUUGUUGAGCGUGACGAAGAAAUAAUGUACAGAAGAAUUUCAACUGGCAAAUACACUUGUCCUUUCGGGUUUACAUCUGAUUUGAUGGAUAUUUUGCGACAUGUUCUUGUUGUAGAUGUGACUAAACGUUACGGAAAUCUGGUCAAUGGCGUCCGAGAUAUUAAAAAACAUAGAUGGUUUGAAUCAAUCGACUGGUGUGCCACAUUCAACAAGCAAACACAGCCUCCUUUCGUACCUGUUUUACUUAAUAGCAUGGAUUCGAGUAAUUUCAAUAAAUUUAAAGAAAAAAUAUUUGUAGCAUCAAGUAAAGACCAAUAUAAUGACGAGUUUAAACAUUUUUAA